ACAGUGAGGGCAUUAGGACCAGGAGUGAGGCGCACGCCUGCGGCGUCUGGCAGAGCUCCUCGGUCCCGCUGAGCAGGGAGCUAUGUGUGAAAGGAAAUUAGGCUGCUGCCGGCUUCACAUCUGUUGAGCUGACCCGACUCGCAGGGUCCAAAAGAGGACGGCUGUCAGCCUUGCCAGACUGAGGACCCACCGGCUACCCCCAGACAUCUCAUAGCAGCCUGACAAUUCGUGCAAGGGGGUGAAGCGAAACACGUGGGACUAGACCCCUGAGCAGAAAGGAAUCAUUAUUUUUCCCAAAGAGGAAAAGGGCAUCAAAGGGUGGGGAUGGAGGGAGGCACAAACAGUUCAGUCUGAAGUCCCUGUGAACGGGCUCUUGGAAGGCAAUUAAAGACUUCCGCUCAGAGAGGGCCUGGGCUGGGACUUGGGUCCGUGGCUUUCUGAUUGUAAGUGGAAGCCGGUCUUACACACGCUGCUGGCAAAUGUCAGCCGGGGAAAAAAGGAGCAGGUUAAGUGACCGGCAAAAAAACCUUCCAGGUGGACCCAGGAAGCCAGGUUCUGCUGCCAGCUUGGAGGAACCCGGAGCAGGAGGAAACAGUGAAUUUGAACAUGACCUGUUGCGUUUGGCAAGUUCCAGCCACAUGCUGGUAAGGAAGCGAUGCAGGCGUGGACCUUGCAGACUGCAAUUCCUGCCGCUUCUCCUGCUGCUGGGAUGUGUGUUGCUGAUGCUGGCCGUGCUGCACCCUCCCCUGCCUGCCCUGCCCCAGGCUGUCCCAGCUCAGGUCGCCGAGCACAGCCCCGAAGCCGGGUACCGCCUGGACUUUGGGGAAUCCCAGGAGUGGGUGCUGGAGUCCAAGGAUGAAGACCAAGAUUACGGCCCUCUGGAGGGCCUGCCGCCCUUCAUCUCGCUGCGGGAGGAUCAGCUCCUGGUGGCUGUGGCCUCUCCCAGGGCGAGAGGGAACCAGAGCCAGGGCAGGAGAGGUGGCAGCUACCAGCUCAUCAAGCGGCUGAGCAGGAGGCCGGACGAGGACGUCCCAGAGAGGGACUGGGCGGCCGAGGAGGAGGAUGCGGGGGCGUCUGAAGAAGAGGCGCUGACCUCGUUCAGCCUGGAGGAGGCGCUCAGUGCCCGCAUCCCCCUGCAGAGGGCACUGCCGGAGGUACGGCAUCCGCUGUGUCUGCAGCAGCAUCCCGGAGACAGCCUGCCCACAGCCAGUGUCAUCCUCUGUUUCCAUGAUGAAGCCUGGUCCACCCUCCUGAGAACCGUGCAUAGCAUCCUGGACACAGCGCCCAAGACCUACCUGAAGGAGAUCAUCCUGGUGGACGACCUCAGCCAGCAAGGACAGCUCAAGUCGGCUCUCAGCGAGUAUGUGGCCCGGCUGGAGGGCGUGAAGUUGCUGAGGAGCAACAGGAGGCUGGGCACCACCAGGGCCCGGAUGCUGGGGGCCGCCAGGGCCGCCGGGGACGUGCUGGUCUUCAUGGACGCCCACUGCGAGUGCCACCCGGGCUGGCUGGAGCCCCUCCUGGCCAGAAUAGCUGGUGACAGGAGCAGGGUGGUGUCUCCAGUCCUAGACGUGAUUGACUGGAAGACUUUCCAGUAUUACCCCUCCAAGGACCUGCAGCGCGGGGUAUUGGACUGGAAGCUGGAUUUCCACUGGGAGCCUCUGCCGGAGCGAGAGAGGAAGGCCCUCCUGUCCCCCAUCAGCCCCAUCAGUCCAGCGAAGCUUCCAGAUACUGCAGUGGAAAAUAGAAGCACCUUGUCUGGAGCCUCAACCCAGCUCUGUUUUUCCAGGAGCCCUGUGGUGCCUGGCGGGGUCGUGGCCAUGGACAGACAUUACUUCCAAAACACUGGAGCGUAUGACCCUCUCAUGUCACUGAGAGGUGGCGAAAACCUCGAACUGUCUCUCAAGACCUGGCUCUGUAGGGGAUCCGUCGAAAUCCUUCCCUGCUCUCGGGUGGGACACGUCUACCGAAAUCAGGAUGCCCACUCCCCUCUUGACUGGGAGGCCACACUGCGGAACAAGGUUCGCAUUGCUGAGACCUGGUUGGGUGCGUUCAAAGAAACCUUCUACAGGCAUAGCCCAGAGGCCUUCUCCUUGAGCAAGGCUGGGAAGCCGGACUGCACUGAACGCCAGCAGCUGCAAAGGAGGCUGGGCUGUCGGACCUUCCACUGGUUUCUGGCCAAUAUCUAUCCCGAGCUGUACCCAUCCGAACGCAGGCCCAGGUUCUCUGGAAAGCUCCACAACACCGGACUUGGCUUCUGUGCAGACUGCCGGGCAGAAGGGGACGUCCUGGGCUGUGCCAUGAUGCUAGCUCCUUGCAGUGACAGCCAGCAGCAGCAGCACCUGGAUCACAUGGGCAGGAAGGAGAUCCACUAUGGCAGCCCCCAGCAGCUGUGCUUCGAUGUCAGGCAAGAGCAGGUGAUUCUGCAGAACUGCACCGAGGAAGGCCCUGACAUCCAUCGACAGCACUGGGACUAUCAAGAGAAUGGAAUGAUUGUUCACAUUCUUUCUGGGAAAUGCAUAGAAGCUGUGAUGCAGGAAAACAAUAAAAAUUUGUAUUUACGUGAGUGUGAUGGAAAAGCCAGCCAGCUGUGGCGAUUUGACAAUGUCAGCACCGUGGAUGAACAAUGAAUGCCACCAUCAGAAGGAAAAGAUAAAUGUGGCCAUAGAGAUUCAACUCAAGGGAACAACAGGAGCAUGUGCAUAUCAUGAAGGAGACACUUUGUGUUCGUGCAGUGGUGAUAGUAGAAACAAAAACUCCACAAAUGAAUAUGGGAAGUCUUUCCUUCCUGUACCUUACUUCAUUGACCACUGGCUGUU